CCCGCCACAGCCUCCUCUGACCCACAGACUCAGUGCCCACCCUGCCCCGAGCAGGAGACCAGACCCAAACCCAAAAGAGGGCUCGUUGCUUCUUUUUUUCCUGGAGAGGGAAAUAAACUCUCCCUUGCCAAUUUUUUUAUUCCCCCCGCCCCAAAUUCUUUCAGCUGCUUCCCACGGCCCAUCUGCUCCCUGCUAGAGGAUUUCUUGGGAGGCUGCCGUGAGAGAUACCUUGCCCAGGACAGAAGAAAGGAUGAAGCUGCACGCGGUCCUUCUGCUGGGGCUGCAGAUGCACCUGGCGACUCCUCUCAACCCCAGCGACCCCAAUGUUUGCAGCUAUUGGGAAAGCUUCACCACGGCGACGAAGGAGUCCUACGCUCACCCCUAUGCUCAGGCCUCCAAGGACUCGUGCGAUGGAACCUGGAGUUUCCUCAAGCCGUGCACCCAGCACAAGAUUGUGUACAAGACAGCGUACCGGCAGGCAGUGAAAAUUGACUACCGGAAGAGGUACCGCUGUUGCCAGGGCUACUACGAGAGCGCAGAUGUUUGUGUCCCCAGUUGUACCAAGGAGUGCGUCCAUGGGAGGUGUGUGGCUCCCGACCAGUGCCAGUGCGAACAGGGAUGGAGGGGCACAGACUGCUCCAGCGUGUGUGAUGCCCGGUCCUGGGGGCCCCGCUGCGAGAACCCUUGCCAGUGCGGUGAUGGGGGAGCUUGUGACCCCCUCACUGGAGCCUGUGUCUGCUCGCCCGGGUACAAGGAUCCCGUGUGCAAAGUCCCCUGCGACCCACGCACCUACGGGGAGGGCUGCCAGCUGGAUUGCCCCUGCAAGAACGGGGCCAAGUGCCAUCGAGAGACCGGGGCAUGUCUGUGCCAGCCAGGAUUCACAGGCGCCUACUGCGAGCUCCUGUGCCUCAAUGGCUCGGACGGGCUGCGUUGCCCGGCUCACUGCCCCUGCCAGAACGGGGGCAUCUGCCACCCCCCAAACACCACCCGCUGUGUCUGUCCUCCAGGAUGGAUGGGCGCCAUCUGCUCCGUCCCGUGCCCCCAAGGGUGGUACGGCUCAGGCUGCCUGGGGGGCUGCCAAUGCCACAACAACGGGCUGUGCGACCCAGUCACCGGGCGUUGCCAGUGCGCGCUGGGCUACACCGGAGAAUGGUGCCGGGAGGAGUGCCCCAUCGGCAAAUACGGCCAGGACUGCGGCCAGCCAUGCGACUGUGCCAACGGGGGCCGCUGCUUCCAUAUCAACGGGGCUUGCCUGUGUGAGGCCGGCUUCCUCGGGACGCGCUGCGAGGAGCGCAAGUGUCUGGACGGCCUUUACGGCUUGGCCUGCCACCUGCCCUGCCUCUGCAGCCCCCAGCACAGCCAAAGCUGCCACCCCAUGAGCGGAGAAUGCACCUGCAAACCGGGCUGGGCGGGCCUGCACUGCAACGAGACCUGCCCCCACGGGUACUACGGGGCCAACUGCCAGGAGCCCUGCCUCUGUCUGAACGGAGGGACGUGUGAUGGCACCACGGGGCUCUGCCACUGUGCCCCAGGGUACACGGGGGAGCAUUGCUCCAGCUACUGCCCUGCCGACACCUACGGGGUGAACUGCUCCAUGCACUGCACCUGCAAGAACGCCUUUGCCUGCUCCCCCAUUGAUGGCACCUGCGUCUGCAAAGAAGGUUGGCACGGAGGGGAUUGUUCCAGCCUCUGCCCCGCCGGCACCUGGGGUCUUGGGUGCAACGAGACCUGCCGGUGCGCCAACGGUGCCUCCUGCAGCCCUGUCAGCGGGCUGUGCUCCUGCGGUGCGGGCUGGCAUGGCAGCAGGUGCCAGGAGCCAUGCGCGAACGGUGCCUACGGACCCGGCUGCAGCAGUCUCUGUGACUGCAGCCACGCGGACGGCUGCUCCCCCGUCACGGGACAUUGCCACUGCCUGCCGGGAUGGACAGGGCCCCACUGCAACCUGGUCUGUGACGACGGCUUCUGGGGGCGGAACUGCAGCCAGCCUUGCGUCUGCAAGAACGGAGCUGCCUGCUCCUCGGAGGAUGGGAGCUGCAGCUGCACGCCCGGGUACCGCGGCCCCGCCUGCCAGCGCCCCUGCCAGCCCGGGCGUUACGGCAAGAAGUGCGCGAUGUCCUGCCGUUGCUCCAACCACUCCACCUGCCACCUUGUGGAUGGCUCCUGCGACUGCUUCCCCGGGUGGACAGGCAGCGACUGCUCACAGCCCUGCCCGCCCGGCACGUGGGGAGAGGCCUGCAGCCAUACCUGCCAGUGCCCAAACGGAGGCCAGUGCAACACCGUGGAUGGGACCUGCUCUUGUCCGGCCGGCUUGACCGGCAGACGCUGCUCAGAAGGCUGCCCCCUGGGGCGCUAUGGGGAGAACUGUGCCCAGGCAUGCCAGUGCCAGGACGAGGCUCAGUGCGACCCAGUGACCGGGAGAUGUCUGUGCCCCUCUGGGUACACCGGCACCCACUGUGAAACCAGGAGCCCCGAGCACCCCUUCACCAUGGUGCCAGCGGUGCCGAUGGGGUACAGCUCCCUGGGGGCGAUCAUUGGCAUCAUCGUCCUGGUGAUCCUGCUUCUGGCUCUGCUGGCGUUUUUCCUGUGCUACCGGCACUGGCAGAAGGGUAAAGCGAACAGGCACCUGGCCGUGGCCUACACCACGGGGCGGACGGACAGCUCGGAGUACGCGGUGCCAGACGUCCCACCCAGCUACACCCAUUACUACUCCAAUCCAAGCUACCACACCCUGUCGCGGUGCGUGCCGACCUCCCCCGCCCCCAACAGCCAGGACAGGGCGAGCUCCCUCAAGGUGCCCUGCAGCCAGCACUUCUCCAGCAUAAAGACCGUGGCCUACGGGCCGGACUGUAACGCCUCGCUGCCUGCCGACUGGAAGCACCACGGGGCGCCAGGGCUGAAGCAUCGCGAGCGGGGGGGCGGCGCCAUGGACCUCAGCUACAGCUACAGCAAUGGCCUGGGGAAGUACUACAGCAAUGACUACAUCAAGGAGGAGGCUCUACGCGCCAGCAACAGCUCGCUGAACAGUGAGAACCCCUAUGCCACCAUCAAGGACCUACCCGAGCUCAUGGCCAAGCCCUCGGAGGGCAGCUACAUGGAGAUGAAGUCCCCUGUGAAGCGAGAAAUGUCCUACGCUGAGAUCGGGCUCUUUGAGGAGCCAGCUGCCGGCUCCAGGGCAGAAGAGAGUUGCCCCCCGGGGGCAGAAGGUGUCUCUCCAGCAGCCCCCAGCAUCGCCCCCAACCACUACGACUCCCCCAAGAACAGUCACAUCCCCAGUCACUACGACAUGCCACCGGUCCGGCACUACCCCCCAUCCCCGCCACUACGGAGGCAGGACCGGUGAGGAGCCACAGGGCGCUGUCUCUCUCUGUUCGUCCAUCCUCCCCAUCCUCUCUGACCACCCUUCCCAGGGAAAGUUGGAGGACUAGCUCCGAAUCCCACCAGGUGGAGAGCCAUGGCAGGACCGUGGAUGGCCAUUUACCAGCACCCCCCGGAUUCACCCACAGCCUCUGUCUUUGCUUGUACAAUGCAACAGCUGCUAAGGACUAGGGAAGGGGGGAGUCAGACCCCUUGACCCAGCCGCUUGGGGUUGAAUAUAGCUCAUCGCCUUCCCCCAGGUGAGGAUUCAGAGUCUGUGACGUUCACAUAGAAUCAUAGACUUUAAGAUCAGAAGGGACCAUUUUGAUUGUCUAGUCUGACCUCCUGCACAACGCAGGCCACAGAAUCUCACCCACCCACAUCUGGAUCCUGAGCCUCCCCCAUGCAGCAGGGAUGUGGAUCUUGGUGGGGUGGUGUUGGAAUGGGGGCACAUUGCAAAAUCGUGUUGCUCGUGCCUCAGCUGCGGCAUCCCACUUGCCCCACCAUGUUCACCCCACCCCCCCUCGGUGUUUGUCUUCAGGGUGGGGUCCCCAGUCAAGCCAUCGGCAGGCGUGUUCUGCCCCAAGGGCACGGCUUUGCACUAGGGGGAGGACUGAUCUGAGGAGAAGCCUGCCUCGGUGGAGCUGAUGUGAACGGGACACCACAGUGCUGGGGCGCGGAACGGCAGGUGUUCCAGUGAGCCCCCACAAAGGGACUGAUAACCCAGCAGGGCAGCUGCAGACGCUGGACCACUGCGCCCUGCUGACACAGACUAAACACCCCAAGACCAGCCCUGCUGCAGCCCCAGGAGAGACAUGGCUGGGAAGUGAGACGCCACCGAAUUCGGCUCCCAAUCCGGAUUCCAGCCUGUGGAGGGGGACUGGAUCUGGGCUUUUGGCUCGGUCUCGCUUUGCAUCUAGACUCAGCUUCCGAACACCUGCCUCAUUUCAUCCCGCCACCAGCCCCACUGGAGAUGGGCCGUAGAGGAUGUUUGCGCUGUUAGGGGAAGUUGGUAGCUCUGAAUCCAAGCUUCCCCACCAUUCAACCCCCCCCCCCACAACAGUCCCACCACUGUGAAGCUGCUGAGGGUUCAGCACACCCCUUCCCAUCACGGCAUACCACCCCCACCUUGUGCAAUAUACCGGCCUAAGGUGUCUCCCCCUAGCAGCCGGCCCCAGCAGCUGUAACAGCCUGCUACUUUACUUACCUGCAGCAAUGGGAGCUCCUCCUUGGCUCAGGUGACAGAGGCCAGGGCUGAGCUCCAGGGCUGGAGUCUCUCUGCACAUGGUCUUGGUUUAUGACACCUCCAGGUAGAGCAGACUAGCCCAGCAGGCUCAACUUGGCCUAAGGGACAUAGCUGGGUUUCCUUCCCUUUCUGCUCUGGGGGAGAGCUGGGAUCUGUAGCCCAAUUGAUACAGCUCCAGUGUGCAUGUAAAUAAAGAUGUUUGUGUUUUGUUUUUUAA